CCCAAACUCCAUCAGUUUCUUGAAGGAGAAGAAAGAUGAAGACUUACUACCAGUUGUGUGUCCUCGUUGCCCUGGUGUUCACGGUUCACUCAAAUCCUGUACCACAGCCGACUGAGAAGGAUGAAGAGUUUGCAAAGAAUUACUUGAAAAAACUGUACAACAUGGAAGAGGAGAACAAGUCGUCCUUUGGGCAUACGGUCAGUGAGAUGAGCAUGAGGCUGAGUGAGAUGCAGCAGUUUUUUGCGUUAAAGGUGACAGGAACUCUGGACGCUGAAACGCUGGAGAUGAUGAAGAAGCCUCGCUGUGGAGUUCCAGAUGUGGCUGCGUACAAAACCAGAGAUGCCACUUACAAAUGGACUAAAAACAAGUUGACCUACAGGAUUGAGAAUUACACUCCCGAUAUGCCUAAGGCUGAGGUGGAGAAAUCCAUCGCGAGAGCGCUGAAAGUCUGGGCUCGUGUCACUCCUCUGAAGUUCACCCGCAUCUACAGCGGUGUAGCUGACAUCAGGAUCUCUUUUACUACCGGAGAUCAUGGUGAUGGCUACCCACUUGAUGGGCCUGGUAAUAUCUUGGCUCAUGCAUUUUAUCCCGGAAAUAACAUUGGUGGAGACGCCCAUUUCGAUGAUGAUGAGACGUUCACCUUCGGGUCUUCUGAGGCAUACAACUUGUUCUUGGUGGCUGCUCAUGAAUUUGGACACUCUUUGGGCCUUGAACAUUCCAAUGUUUUUGGUGCUCUGAUGUAUCCAAUAUACAGCUACACCAAUGUGAAAAAUUAUGUUCUGCCCAGAGAUGAUGUUCAAAGAAUUCAGGCUCUGUAUGGCUCAAACCCCCACAAACUUGAUGAGCCUGAGCCCACACCUCCAGUCACCCCUGAUGCCUGUGACCCCAAUCUGGUCCUGGAUGCUGUUACAACUCUGCGUGGAGAGAAGUUAUUCUUCAAAGACGGGGUGUUCUGGCGCAGCUCCCCUUAUAUCAGCACAAUUGAGCAAUACCCGAUCAAAUACUUCUGGCCAAAACUUCCUGAUAAUAUUGAUGCUUCUUUUGAGAAUCCAUCAAAGGAUUUAGUGUACAUCUUUCAAGGUGAGAGGGUCUGGCUUGUCCGUGCUUAUGACAUUGUGAAAACCGAGAGUCUCAGGAGCUUCGGUUUUCCAGCUACAGUGAAGAAGAUUGACGCUGCCCUUUAUGACAAGAAAACUGGAAAGGCAUUGCUUUUUGUUGGCAGCUCAUACUACAGCUAUGACAUGAACAAUGAGAAGAUGGACUGGGAUGACCCAAAACCAGUGGAACAAAGUUUCCCAGGAAUGAAAGGAAAAGUUACUGCAGCUUUACAGGAAAAUGGUUAUUCAUACCUCUUCAGUGGGCCAAAAGUUUUCCAGUUCAACAAUGGAAGGCUGCAAAAUGUGCUGAACAACAAGUUCUUCUUGAACUUAAGUCUUUCUUUUAGUUUCAAGAUCCAUGCCAUGGCUCUUUUAAGCUUUGCCCAGCUGGAGAAGUACAUCAGCAGCUUACUGGUGGGACACACCUCUUCCUUCCAUACAGCUGCACACAAAACCUCGCUCUUCACCUCUGGAUCAGCUUCUAACUGGACAGAUGUUUCAUGCAUGACUGCAGGCCACUGGACUUCAGGUGAAGACAUCCUGCUCAACAUCCCACUGGACUCCCAGAGCUCUUUCCAUGGAAAGCAGAUCCCGGCUGAGGUCCAGCAUCUUAACAUCUUUGGCUCGAUUUUCCUCAGGGAUCUGGGAGAGGACAGAACGGUCAUUGCACACCCACUUAUCGAGUCUGAAUCCACCUUUGGCACACACGUCAGUGAGCUGCUGCAUCGCUCGAGGAAUUCAGAAGAAGAAAGUUUGAAGAUGAGGCACAUGGCCAUUCUUGUGCUGAUGCUCACAGCAUGUCUGGUGCUUUGCAGUGGCGUCCCUGCGACGUCCACAGUGGAUCAGGAGAAAGCUGAGCAAUAUCUGAAACAGUUCUACUCGGAUCCCAACGCUCUGUCCAUCAGAGGGAGACAAGUGGAAGUGCAGGACUUUGAGACCAACCUGAAGAAAAUGCAGGAGUUUUUUGGGCUCCAGGUGACGGGCAAGCUCGACACAAACACCAUCGAGGUGAUGGAGAGGCCACGUUGUGGUGUUUCCGAUGUUUCCAAUUUUAAACAUUUCGAUGGCAAGCCUAAGUGGGAGAAAAAGACCAUUACAUACAGAAUAACGCAGUACACACCAGAUCUGAGCCGGAGGAAAGUGGACGCCACGAUUGCUCAGGCAUUCAAACUCUACAGCGACGUCACUCCACUCAACUUUAAGCAGAUCGACAGUGGCACGGCCGACAUCAUGAUUCUCUUCAAAGCCCGAUAUCACGGAGAUUUUUACCCAUUCGAUGGGCAGGGCGGUGUUCUGGCUCACGCCACAUCCCCUGGUCCUAAUGACGGAGGGGACGCCCACUUCGAUGAGGAUGAGAACUGGACUCUGAGCUCAGCAGGUGCGAACUUGCUCUUUGUGGCUGCCCAUGAGUUUGGCCACGCACUCGGACUGGCUCACUCACGGGAUCCCUCGGCACUGAUGUAUCCUACAUACAAAUAUGUCAACACUCACAGAUACCAGCUGCCUCUGGACGAUAAACAAGGAAUCCAGGCACUUUAUGGUGCUCGUCAAUCCCCAGAUCCGCAACCCAAACCACAGCCUGAACCAAACCCGGAACCAGCAGAACCACCAGUGCGAUGCGAUCGGGAUUUGGUGUUCGAUGCUGCAACCAGCAUAAGAGGAGAGCUUUAUUUCUUCAAGAAUGAGUAUUACUGGAAGAAAAGCAGCCUGCUGAACGAUGUUCCACAGACACUCAUCAGGUCCACGUGGCCCUCCAUCACGUCCGUCGAUGCAGCUUAUGAGCUCAGAGCGAGAGGCAUCAGUUUCUUUUUUAAAGGUCAGUACUACUGGGGUGUGACAGCAACCUCCAUCUUACCCGGAUAUCCGAAGCACAUUUCACAGUUUGGCUUUCCAGCAUCAGUCACGAAGAUUGACGCUGUGGUGCACGUGACCUUCACGAGAUACACUCUGUUCUUUACUGGUCAAAAAUACUGGAGCUUUAAUGAGAACACCAGACAGAUGGACGCUGGUUACCCCAAAUCCAUUUAUGUAGGUUUCCCAGGAAUCGGCUCCAAAGUGGAUGCUGCUUUUGAAAAUUACGGUUUCCUGUAUUUCUCUGAUGGAUCCAGACAAACAGAGUAUAAUUUCUGGCGCAGAACUGUGAACCGUGUGCUCCUGAACUACGGAUGGCUGAACUGCUACUGAGAAAAAUGUCAUGAAUUAAAUACUCUACCACUGGUUGAAAUACUUUUUUCCAGCAUUCUGCAAUAUUGCAGAAUGCCAAUUUUGUCCUGCAAUUUGGAAAUAUUUUCUGCAAAUACACAAGCCUCCAUACUACACCUUUCUCAACCUAAUAAUGCCUAUAUUUACAUCAUAUCUAGCUUUACAACUCAUAGCAUUACUGUAAUUCUUUAUUCUCUCACUCUAUUUUUAAUUUCAGUCUUCACAGAUCCUUCUCUGCAGCAAAGUUAUCAUUCCAUGAUCCCUCCACAGGUCUUUCAUCCCCCUCGCCCUGACACUACGGGCUACUACAACUUGAAGUAUACCAACUAAUUCAUAAAUGUACUAGUUAUCACACCCACAUAUAUACACAUAUACGUAUAU